AUGUCUAUCCUCUCAGCGAGCACACCAGUUGCUAUUGCUACCAGUAACGCCACAGCUUCUACCGUAGGCUGGGUCUCGGAUCCGACCGGCAGAGGGACGAUUUCUCUCGUCUUCUCCUGCCUGCUUACCUUGGGGUUGUGUGUAUGGUCUGCGAUGCAUCUCAAUAUUCCUCCACACGACGAACUACCCGCACAAACCUUGAUGAGACACUUGAAAUGGGGAUUGAUAGGAGUUGUUGGCCCAGAGCUGGUGGUGUUCGCGGCUUGGAGGCAGUACAAUUCAGCGAAAGAAUUGCAUGCAGAAGUGAAGAGACAGGCUGAGAUCCUGAUGCCACCACGAAGAGACGAAGUAGAGAAUCGAGCCAAGGAUAUAUCACUGGAAACCAAAUCCGCAUCGAUGGAGUCAAGUUACCCGUGGACGAUGGUGCACAGCUUCUAUGCAGGAAUAGGUGGCUUUUUCAUCGAGGCGGAUGUCUCUUCCGCAGAUGGGGGCUUGCCUUUCGUUCCUGGCAGUCAACGUCUGACACUGUCGGCUCGCGGUGUUGCAUUACUGGCUAGAUGUGGCCAUCUUCCCAACAUUCAGGAGGAUGAUAUUGCUGACAAGAGCAAGGCUGAUGGUUUGGCGAAAUUCCUGGUCUGUCUCCAGGUUGGAUGGAUGUUGGUGCAAGUUAUUGCACGGGUUGUGCUUGGUCUUCCAGUAACGUUACUGGAAGUCAAUAUCUUGGGACAUGUCCUUUGUGCGCUCGUCAUCUACAUCUUGUGGUGGCAUAAACCCCGAUUGGUACACGAAUCAACGAAGCUCGAAGGGGAUUGCGUCGAGCCUUUGUGUGCGUAUAUGUACAUGAGCAGCCAAGUUAGUGGGUGGAGUGGCACUCAUGCUGGGAUACUUCGGCGGACCUGGGUCGACCCAGAACUAUCAGCUCUUGCACUCUUUACGCCUCGAUCUCAAGGUAAACUUGACAACACUAAGAACGAAAAGAAUCCUAUCGAUACUGCGAGCCAAGGUUCCAUAAGUAUCUCCGGUCAAAUAUGCGAUGUGGUUGGCACAUCGAUUCCUGAGUGUGGAAAUGGCCUCCACUCGAGCUAUUUUGGACCUCGUCCACGCCCCUUGAGUCCAACAGAAGGCUUUAUCUCUUCAGGUAGAUCGGAGCAGGCUCACAGUCCAAGCACCAUAAUGUAUCCCGCGAUAAGACAACGCUUCGCUACGAGAUGUAAUACAGAGGCAAAAAAGGAUGGCUGUGACUGGUUCGAGCCUAUGACCGAGGAACUUGUGACGUGGUCCGCAACAAAUUGGCCAGGUGAGGACCUUCUGAGAGGAACCGCAGGUCUCGUGAUGGUUAUGGUGCUAUGGUUUGCCAGCAUGGCCUACGGAGGUGUUCACAUUGCUGCGUGGAACGACUACUUCCCGUCAAAUGUCGAAGCGUGGAUGUGGCGUUCAUCGUCCAUCUACAUGGCCGCAUCUGCCUUGCUAUGGCUAGUGAUAAAUUUACUUGCCCACGAGUCGAAAGCGAUCGAUGCGUACUGGGACAAGGUUUUAGCGCGUCAGGCACACUGGUCCAGCUACCUCAUCUUAGGGUCACUUUGUUCGAUCUGCGGAAUAGCUUACGUUUUUGCCAGAAUAUUUCUGGUUGUCGAAGCAAUUAUCAGCAUUAGGCAGCUGCCAAUUGCGGCCUACAGAACUCCUGACUGGACACAAAUUAUUCCUCAUUUUUAA